GAUCUUCCUAAUGCCAUGAAUGCAGCAGAGAUCACAGACAAGCUCGGCUUACAUUCCCUUCGCCAGAGAAACUGGUACAUUCAGGCUACCUGUGCCACCAGUGGAGAUGGGCUUUACGAAGGCCUGGACUGGCUCUCCAACCAGCUCAAAAACCAGAAGUGAUCAGAAGCAACCCAUUCCCUGUGCAUUGUGGCAAAGCCAGCUGGCUGUUCCUGUGUGCAUGUGAGCGUGUGAGGAGCCCAUGGGGCUGUGCAGCUGGGAGUGGGGGCAGCUUUCUCACACCGUGCCUUAUACAUGCUAUACGAGAACCAGUAUUCCAUUUUAAGAAAACCAGUGUUACAUUUUGAAUGCUACCUUCCAUUUCACUAGCUUUGAUGGUCAUUUUGCUGAGGCCCCCUGGGUGUGAUAGCUAGAGCAGCUCCAGGCUAGAAAAGAGAGCUGGAGCCAGACAGGUCCUAUUGUUGCAAUCCUGGGUCUGGCAUCUCCACACACCCUGAAUCCUGUUGGAUUUCAGUGUCCUUUUGUAAAAAGAAAGGAAGGAACUGUCAUUCUUUCCCAUCGUGCCAAAGCUAGCAGCUCACUUGUACUUUAAAGACAUCCUCAAGAAGAGAAGAUAUGUGAUUACCACAGGUUGAAGAGGCUCAGGGAGGGUGCUUCCUCCGAGUUCUGUUAGUUCAGACCGACUUGUUUAGCUUGUUUUAGUCAAAGGAAUCGGUGACCUUUUUCAUUAGAGUAUCAGACUGUAACACUAAAGAAGUUUCCAGCCUGUCCCUGGAAGUUGCCAGAUGGAGACCCUGUGGGCUGGUGGCCCAACAGGAGGCCAGGACUCUUCCCCGAAGCCGCCUGGUCCACAGUGAAGUGUAGGCUGGCUGGAGGAAACGAAGUGAGGUGGCUCUUGUGUUCUGGCAUCACUGUCUCAGGCCCUAGAGGCUGCUGCUCCCACUUCCCUGCUCUGUGCUGAAUGGUCUUCACACGAAGCAGACAGCUGCUCCUGGGUGGAGUCAUCACUGUGUCCAGUUGUCCUAGUCUACUGUAGGCUUUUGGUUAGUAUCUGUUUGCAGAACUGCACACCUAUGAGUUCUGAGAGUUUGUGAGAAAGUUAUGAGGUUAAUGUAGGGGAUGAAGUUCCCAGUGACCCCCUGGUACUCCCUGGGUUGGUGCUAAACUUCGCUCUGACAAGCAUCUUUUACCUAGACGGCUCUGGUGCAUGGACUCCUCCUCAAUGGCAGUAGUGUCUGAAGAGCUGUUUGGAAAUGUGUGCUGUGUUGUCCUGCAGAUAGUGAUAGAUAGGAAGGUCCGGAGAGGAGCUGGGCUCAGCCCAUGCCCUCUGGCCACACAACUCUUGGCCACAUUUGUACCUAGGCCCUUCUGCUUAACCUUUAAACCCCCUCUCAAAAAAUCUUGAUUCCUAUUUUAGGAAGGGGACUACAAGCUGAAUUUCAAGGAACACGAUAAGCCUUGUUCAUUGGUAACGAAGUUAUACUAGGAAAACAAAAAAAUCUUUGCCAUUGUAAAUGUGGGCUGUGAUGAUUUUCUCUAAAAAUCAUCUUAAAGAAUGUUCAUUGCAAUACCGGCGACUAAGUCCAGUUGUGAUUUUUAACCACAGAUAAACUCCUGAGAAAUGUUGAAAUUGUACACCUCCCAUCGGCAGGGAGUUUCUUGCCCUUUGUAAUUAUGCUUAGUGUGCCUGGCCUGGUGCUAGGCUGCAGUAAAUGUGGUGAUUGGUUAGACAAUAAAGAACUUACUUGGGAAGGGGGAGACAUGGUCAUGUACUCCUGGAUGUCUGAACUGA